AUGGAUGACUCCUGGCAUGGAAUUGGAUAUUCGAGGUGUGGAAAAGUUGAAGACAAUAAAUCGAAGACUUUUAACAUCGUCCCAGAGACUAGCAUGAUCCCUGAGAUCAGCGGCCUGAACUUGCAAUGUAACAAGAAAUACAUCAUUCUCUUUAUUGACCUGGACGCCAUCCUCCCCGGAACUCAUAUCCAAUCAGUAAUUCUACAUUGGUACCAACCAAAUCUCAUGAUUGAUUGCACAAAGCCGUCGCCUCCUUCUACAAUCGUUCCUGGCAAGGACCAUGGGGACGAACAUCAUCCGGUAGCCUCGUACAUAGCUCCUCGUGCACCACCAAAUUCUCACCACCGUUACGUCUAUCUUCUUUUUGCACAGCCCCCGGCCUAUCAGUUUCCCCAAUGUUUCUCACACGUGUUUCCGGGGACUGUUAGCGCCCGGUCUGGAUUCGAUAUCAGGGAUUUUGUACUGGCAGCAGAUUUGGACUCUCCGAUUGCCAUGAACUAUUUCAUUGGCAGACAUGAACCUACCGAAGGCGAGACAACGACCAUGCCGCAGAGUGCGACAACAACCUCGUUCCGUUCCGUGGAUUGUCCCACAAUGAGAGCCGGUCUGACUCUAUGA